CAUCAACAACAACGUUUAAAAGAUGCAUUCAAUUUACUCAGUUUCGAUUUCUCUGAGCCAACAAAAGAUCUCGACCACAACUUUGCGGCAGCUGUACGACAGGUUAAUAAUUACGAACUAUAUCAAUGGACACAAAACCAACCUUUCCUUGAUAUUGGUUCGAACCCUUUAGACGUUAUUGCUAACAAUUGUACUAAUACCGCUUUUUCCGUAACGCCUUUGUUAGAUGAAAAGGAUCAUGUGCGUAAUGUUUUCCGAAAACGUUCUUUGCAGCAGAUCGCUAACUCAACGUCAAUUCAUCGCAACUAUGCUCAAUUUAUUCUAAAUAAUGAUACGGGACAUAUAACUCGCACACCCGUUCCU